GCUCCAAAAGGGAACAUAAAUCAUAAUGCACAACGACGAAAACGAAACGAACAGCAAUUCAGACGAAUUUUCUGACGAAGAGUAUGUCGAUGCAACGUAUGAAACUAUCUACGAUAAUAUGCCAUCAGGAGAUAGCACCCACGAUAGUUCAUGGACAGCACCGCCGCCUGAAUCUCCCAUAACGCAAACUGAGCUUCGGAAAAAGAUUCAAGAAAUCCGUGCCGAUCGCAACAUGGAUGCUAAAGAAAAAGCAAAAGCAAUACAACGUCUAAUGACCACUAAAGCAUCGACACAUAAACCCCAUAGUGGAUCUGACAACGACCAUACGCAGCAUGAAAAUGAUAGCGAUGGAACCCCUGGCGGUGAAACAUUAGAGCCCUCUUAUCAAGAUUCUGAAGCAGGCAUAUACGGAUGCAAGCACUACCAAAGAAAAGUCAAGCUCCAGGCGAAUUGCUGCGGGAAAUGGUAUUCUUGCAGGUUCUGUCACGACGAUGUUGAAGAUCACAAUCUGGUCAGACGUGAAACAAAAAAUAUGUUUUGUAUGCUUUGCUCUGAGAUUCAACCUGCCGCACAAGUAUGCCGAAAUUGUCACGAAACCGUCGCCCGCUAUUAUUGCGACACCUGCAAACUUUGGGAUGAUCGCUCAGAGAAGUCUAUCUACCACUGUGACCAAUGUGGUAUUUGUCGAGUAGGAAAAGGUCUCGGGCAAGAUUAUUUCCACUGCGAAAAAUGUAACAUUUGUAUGGUGAUUUCCUUGAAGGAUAACCAUCGGUGUAUUGAGCGCAGUUUAGAGUGCGACUGCCCAAUAUGUGGAGAGUACAUGUUUACCAGCACUAGCAAGAUUGUCUUUGAGAAUUGUGGCCAUUGCAUUCAUGAAAAAUGUCAUGAGGAACACGUCAAAACAUCAUACCAGUGUCCCACUUGUUUGAAGUCACUCUGGGACAUGACCACUUACUUUACUCGGAUCGAUAACUUUCUCAAAGUUCAGACAAUGCCUCAAGAAUACGAAAAUUUCGUGUCCUAUAUUCUCUGCAAUGACUGCGAAAUGAAAUCACAGACGAAGUAUCACUUUCUAUAUCACAAAUGCACGCAUUGUAAUGGAUACAAUACAACUGUCCUGAAGACCAAAGAAUUGGGCCGACCGGAUGAUGCCACAACCGACUCUGUCUUACCAGACGAUUCACACGGCAUGGACAGCUCUAAUACGGACCAAGCAUACAUGAUAUCAUCGCAGCCAGUAACGAGGGCAGGAAACCCUGUAGAUGCUGUACAGAUGAAUGGAACACAGUCUUCUCAAGGUCCUAGAGAACACGGUAGUCAAGAUGCUUCGUAAAUACACAUGCAUUUCCACCAACAAAGAUGUUUUCCUCAUUCAAGUUUUGUCUAUAGCUUCGUCUUGUUUUGCCGCAAUAUAUCCACUUUUUUUUUGCGACUCAUAUUUAACUGAACAUUCCCCCCCCCCCAAU